AUGCCCCGGAUGAAUCCGUCAAUACCUCAGGUAUGGCGAUCCAUCGCACGCCCAUGCCGCUUUGUCGCGCGUCGUCGGCACCCCGUCUAUGUGCGACACUUUCAUUUAUCCCGCCAGUGGCUCUCGGCACCACCCAACGACCCGCGAAACGAAACAACACCCAUACCGGAAAUUGAAGAUGUGGUAGACAAUACUCCGUCAUCUAACGAGAAUGUGAAUGACAUUUCCUCCGAUGCGUCACCUCCCACUCUCGGAAGAUCUGGGAGGCCGAUGUCAAGACCUUAUGGAUCUGCCGUUCGGAGAGCCUUGAGAAAUAGGCAAUCCGAUCAGCAACAACAGCAACACCAAAAAGGAUCAGUUGUGGCAACGAUUCCCGACUGGUUUCGAGACCAUAAUGUUAUCAUCUCUGACCCCCCGGCUCGUUCGGGACAUGCGCGACCUCGAUUCAAUGUUGUGAUUCGUGACACAGAGGCAAAUUCAAAGUCAGAUGGGGGAUCCAAAGAACAUAUGGCGUCUGGUGGCCGCGGCGAUGAUCCCUCGGCAGCGGGAGGUCCCAGUGAAUCCGAGCCUCGAUAUGCGCUGGCAGAGGCAAUCUGGGACGAAUUGGUAGUAUCCGCCAAGGCGGGCCUCAGACUUCCGCCGGUUGAGUACGCAGGUGAACCGCCGGCCAAGAAGGCACACUUGGUGCUACAGUUUCCCGGGCCGGAUGGGAUCAAUUUCUUAGACGCAGUGGUGCAGAAGAUGGCUAAUCAGCUUCAUGCUGACUUGGUGACACUCAAUGCGCAGGAUAUUGCUCAGCUUCUCAGCGAACAAGAUCUUGCUGAGGCUGGCGCGACGUCCGCCAUUCGCUCCCUGGGCUACGAGGUUUACCAGCCUCCAGCCACCGCCUGGCCCGAACCCAGCGAGGGCGAGAUAGAGGCUGAUGAUGAUAUGACAGAAUUUACGACUGCGCAAGGGAUUCGUCCAGAAGUGAGUACUCCGCGGUUUAUCACAAUUGAAGCCAGUCGAGACUCGGGCGAUGUCCCGCUGCCGAAUUGGCUGGGACUGAAGUCGCUUGUGGCUUCGAUCAAUGGGCAAUCGGACCACGAAGCUGGAGGGAUGCGAGGAUCUGGGCAGCGCACGGAGGCACGGUGGGUUCGUCUUCUCAAUGAGGUACUCUUGUCGGCCAGUCAAUCCAGGAUUCCAUCCCAGCCCGUAUCUGAGGCAUCAUCAGAAACGUCUGUAACAGAGACCGAAACCAAGAAGCCUGUUUUGUCGCGCGACUUGAUUGUGCACGUUCAAGACUACCGGGAUAUUCAAAGCUCGAGAGAGGGUGCCAGAGUCAUAUCGCUUCUCCAAAAAGUCAUCCAAGAUCAUCGACGUGCAGGCUCAAGGGUGCUUCUAGUCGGCAGUAUGUCACAGGACUUGCUUCUUUCGGCGCCUCAAGACGGCUCCAGGAUGCUACAACACGUGGUCGAUGAUAGCUUCUCCAAGACGUUGGUGGUCAUCCCCGCCAUGGACGCGAAGACGGCAUCGAAAGUUUUCGCAGAGGAUUCGAAAAAUCGAACAAUGGACAUCAAUAUCCGCCAUCUUCAGAACAUGCUCCGCUUCCGUACUCAUGAACGGUCAUUGGCUGUGAAUGACGAGAUUUUCAAGAGCCGUUCUUGGCCGAUGGACGCGACAGUUAUCAAGCAGUCUGGUAUCCGAGAUCGUUUCUGGUCAUACAAUCAAGUACACUGGGUGUCCACACUUGCUCUUGGGAGCGCAGAGCCCAAUGAAUCACUAGGGUUUGAGCAUAUUCGACGCGGCAUCGAGUUGAUGGAAAAGGGAGAUCGAGUCACCAGCGACUGGUUGCAAGCUAAAACGUCCACCACAAAGGAAUCUACUCGUGGGCAAAGCCGAGAGCAAUUGCUAGCUUCAUUACGCAAGACGUGCAAUGCGCACGAAAAGAAGCUACUCAACGGCGUGGUCGAUGCGCAGAGCAUCCGAACCACCUUCGCUGACGUACACGUACCCUCCGAGACUGUGGACGCCCUGAAGACCUUAACCUCGUUGUCUCUUGUUCGACCUGAGGCAUUUACGUACGGAGUCUUGGCAACCGACAAAAUCCCAGGUCUCCUUCUCUACGGCCCCCCGGGUACUGGCAAGACGCUACUAGCCAAGGCUGUUGCACGCGAGAGCGGCGCCACUGUACUAGAGGUGAGUGGAUCCGACAUCUACGAUAUGUAUGUGGGCGAAGGUGAAAAGAACGUGAAAGCCAUUUUCACGUUGGCGAAGAAGCUGAGCCCGUGUGUGGUGUUCAUUGAUGAAGCCGAUGCCAUUUUCUGCUCUCGAACUGGAGCCAGUAACCGCACCUCUCAUCGCGAAUUGAUCAACCAAUUCCUUCGUGAAUGGGACGGUUUGAACGACAUGUCUGCACUGAUCAUGGUUGCCACGAACCGGCCCUUUGAUCUCGAUGAUGCUGUUUUGCGACGUCUAGCACGAAGACUUCUCGUGGACCUCCCUACUGAGCAAGAUCGCGAAGCUAUUCUCAAGAUUCACCUCAAGGGGGAACAACUCGACUCUAGUGUCGAUCUGGCCGAGCUGGCACGACUGACGCCCCUCUACUCUGGCUCUGACUUGAAGAACCUGUCAGUUGCGGCGGCUCUGGCCUGCGUGCGCGAAGAAAAUCAAGCCGCCGCACAACACCAGGGCGAGGAGCCAUACCAAUAUCCUGCCCGCCGUACUCUCACUCGCACUCACUUUGACCGUGGGAUGGAAGAGAUCAGUGCAUCAAUCAGCGAGGACAUGUCUUCACUCUCUGCAAUCCGCAAGUUUGAUGAGCAGUUUGGUGAUCGGAAGGGUCGACGCCAGAAAAGUCCAGGGUGGGGAUUUAUUGUACCAUCUACUGAAGAGUCCACGACCGAGACGGCGCGUGUUCGCAGAUGA